GAACUCUUUUAAUCAUGGACAACCAAACAUCAACAGGACAUACUGGCUAUUCUGCCCUGCAGGCUGGCAAUCCUGAAACCCAAGCUGAAAAUCCUGCCCUCUGGGAUGAUUAUCUUAAAAGUGAUGUUGAACAUCUUGGCCCUCAGGGUGGCUACCCUGACACCCAGGCUGACUGUCCUGCUCCACAGGCUGGCAAUCCUGAAACCCAGGCUGAAGACCCUGUCCCCCUGGAUGACUAUUCUAAAACUGAUGUUGAACAUCUUGGUCCCCAGGGUGACCACCCUGAACCCCAGGCUGACGAUUCUGCCCUGCACACUGGCAAUCCUGAAACCCAGGCUAAAAAUAAUCAUACCGAGGACAGAUAUCCUGAAACUCAGGCUGACGAUCCUGGCCUCCAGCCUACCUACCAUGGAACUCAAACUGACUUUGUAGUCCUACCAGCUGGCUAUUCAGUGGUUGAUUCAACUGACUCUCCUAUCCUGUACCAGCCAAUGUCUCUUCAUCCAAAUGUACCCAUAGGACUACCAUGGAUCCCAGCACUACCACCUUCAGCAGACUGUCCACCAGGGUUAGAAUAUUUAAAUCAGGUAAUUUCAAAUACAUGAAAACUCUUAAAAUGUAAAACUGUGC